GUCGGCUGGCUGGGCUGAGCUGAGCUGAGGGAGGAGAUACUUCAGGAGAUGCAACAGAUCUUUCCCAACAAACUGCACUGCCACCAUCUCUCCAUCUCUCCCUCUCUCUUCCUCCGCCAGCUUUCUCUCCAUCAGGAUGGAUUUCUCUUAAUGGUGCUGAAGGGGUGCUGUCACUGGGUUGUCAGAGGAGCUGAGGGAGAUGCGCGCGCGGUUGAGGGUCCAUUAAACUGAAUGACGAGGCUUAAGGUGUGCUGAAGGUGGUGAAAACCUUGAUGGACUUUUGAUGCGCAAACCUGCUGGAAGUACUGGAAGGACAGCUAUUUGUGCUCUUUGUUUAGAAGAACAGUUGGCCGUACCUGUCCCCAUAACUGCCCAGCCCUUCAAUCCUCUGGUUUGUUUCAGUUUGGUUAGGUUUGAUUGCAGCAGUUGACUCUGGAGCAGCAUCAAGUUUGUGGAUUGAGGUUUGUAAAGCACCCAAGUAGCCUGUAAAGCACCCAAGUGGUCGCAGAACUAGUUGCACCAUGCUGACGCUCAUUACGGCGUGUCCACCACGUGGCUCUUCUGGCUCACGCAGAUGAUAGACGUUGGUAAGCGCACCAGUUUCGCCAUCGGCCAUCGGCCCGCCCCUCCAAAUCUAUGAUCAGCUCGGUGUGUGUUUCGUCGUACCGCGGACGCAAGUCGGGCAAUAAACCUCCUUCCAAAACAUGUCUGAAGGAAGAGAUGGCCAGGGCCGAGGACUCGGACAAGAUCAUCCUCAACGUGGGCGGAACGCGCCAUGAGACCUACAAGAGCACCCUUAGGAGCCUGCCGGGCACGCGACUUGCGUGGCUUGCUGACCCGGACGUGCGGAGUGGGGACAGCUUGGGAGCACGUGCCGCAUCCGCCACUACAACCACCACUACCACCUCAACCACCACCACAACCCCUGCCACUGUCAUCAGCACCACGACCACCACCAACGAGUACUUCUUCGAUCGCCAUCCGGCGAUCUUCGCCUAUGUGCUCAACUACUACCGCACGGGUAAGCUGCACUGCCCGGCCGACGUGUGCGGCCCACUCUUCGAGGAGGAGCUCGCCUUCUGGGGCAUCGAUGAGACGGACGUGGAGCCGUGCUGCUGGAUGACCUACAGGCAGCAUCGUGACGCAGAGGAGGCCCUGGACAUCUUUGAGCCGCCUGAGCCCGACACGGACCCUGACGACGAUGAGCGCCUGGGUAUUGAGGACGCACCUGAGCGUACGCGUGGUCGCUUCACCUCCUGCCAGCCCAAGAUAUGGGCUCUCUUCGAGGACCCCUACAGCUCCCGAGCCGCCAGGGCCGUCGCCUUCGUAUCUCUCUUCUUCAUCCUGGUGUCAAUCACUAACUUCUGCCUGGAGACCCACGAGGCCUUCAACGACCUCCAGAACCGCACUGAGGAGGUCACAGUCGGCAACGACACCAAAGUGGUGUACACUGUAGAGGUGGUGACCAAGCCCGUGCUGACCCUGGUAGAGGGCAUCUGCGUGGUGUGGUUCACCUUCGAGUUCCUGGUGCGCAUCAUCUGCUGCCCCGACAAGCUGGUCUUCGUUAAGAACCUCCUGAACAUCAUUGACUUUGUGGCCAUCCUGCCCUUCUACCUGGAGCUGAGUCUGAGCGGACUCUCCUCUAAAGCCGCCUCGGACGUGCUGGGGUUCCUGCGGGUGGUGCGGUUCGUACGGAUUCUGCGGAUCUUCAAGUUGACUCGGCAUUUCGUGGGGUUGCGGGUGCUCGGCCACACCCUGCGGGCCAGCGUCAACGAGUUCUGCCUCCUCAUCAUCUUCCUCGCCCUCGGCGUGCUCAUCUUCGCCACCAUGAUCUACUACGCCGAGCGCAUCGGGGCCAACCCCACCGACCCUCGCGGCAGCAACCACACUCACUUCAAGAACAUUCCUAUCAGCUUCUGGUGGGCGGUGGUCACCAUGACCACGCUGGGGUAUGGGGACAUGUUCCCUCAGACCUGGCUGGGUAUGAUGGUCGGGGCUCUGUGUGCGAUAGCAGGGGUGCUGACCAUCGCCAUGCCCGUCCCUGUUAUUGUGAACAAUUUCGGAAUGUACUACUCCUUGGCCAUGGCCAAGCAGAAGCUCCCCAAGAAGAAGAAGAGACACAACCCCAGCCCUGAUCCAAUUCUGGACUCAGCGUCAUUCGGGAAAUCAGAGAGCAACUCGCACAGGAACAGCACGCAGAGUGACACCUGCCCGCUCGCACCUGAUGAGAACAUUGUGAGGAACCGCUCAGACUCGAAGCAGAAUGGGGAUGCUAAUGCUGCUCUAUCAGACGAGGAGGGUUGCAGUCUGACCCAGCCGCUUUCCCCCAGCGAGAGGUGGUCCCUGCGCCGCUCUCGCAACCGAGACAAGGGCAAGAAAGAGGGCACCUGCUUUCUCCUGACCUCUGGAGAUUUCUCCUGCGAAGCUGAUCCCACCGUCCGCACAGAGACCUGCAAAGAUUCCCUCACCACCACAGUCACCUACAGCCAGCCUGAAGUGACCACCUUGACCUGAAGCACCAUGUGCACCGUGAUGAUGGAACCUUUGGACCUCUUUAGGAGUGACCGAGGGUGUGGGGUGGGGGGUUUGGGGGGGUCACUCAUAUAUUUAGCAAUUACGUUCAUUUGUUCAUACGUUCCUAAGUUCUCUUCUCAUAAAGGACAACUUAAGCUCACUCGUCUGCUAGACAUACUGUAUAUGUACUGCUUUCUAUGGCCUUGUUACGUACACAUCUACUUACAUUACAUGUACUCGUCCUCAUGCA